AUGUCAACAGCAAUAUUUGCGAGAAGCUCUCCUACUCAAGAUUCCGAUGGAGUACCGAUUUUUCAAUUCUUGGAAGCGGAAAGCUCAGAUGCCGAGAAUUUCAUUCAAUUUCGAGUGAUGGAUCGAGAACCCGGUUGUUGCUUUAAAACGACAACAAUUGUGCGAAAUUUCUGGAAUGAGACGAAUCAAUUGUUCACUUGCGCUUUUCUGAUGGCUUUCUGGAUUUGCGUGGCACUUUUGAUGAUGGCAAUCUGGCUUUUCUUUGAAAGAACAAAUCAAAUGGCUGAUGAA